GUCAUUCCAUCAAGCCGGGAAGCGAACAAAACAAAAACAGUCAACUCAUUCUGGGCGUUCAAAUUGUUCCUUCGUAGUGAUUUUCGGAUUGAACCGCACACACAAAAGCCGACAUGUUCUCGCUUAAAGAAGAGAUCGAUUUUACCGACUUCACCUUCAUUGUGCCCUCGGUUAGUGUGGGAAACGUGCCACAGCUAGCGGUAGAUGCCGUCAUCGAAACGCUGCAACUCGAACCGAUCGGUAUGCUGUGGUCUCCCGCCCUGAUACCGAUCGUCGGUGCACCAGCAUUUGAACACACCGGAAGCGACACGAUCACUACCACGGCCGAGCUAUACGUUUCGAAGGCAGAGAAGCUACUGGUGCUACAAAUCCGUGCACCGUUGGUCGGUCCGCUCCGUCAGUCGUUCCUGGAUCAGUUGAGCGAUUUCGUUCGCGACCGGAAAUUUUCACGCGUUAUCGUGCUGGCCAGCAGUUUCUCGCACGAAAAGUUCGACAUUAGGACUGGACCAUUCCGGUACGUUGCAAACGAGCAGUACGAACAGACGCCGGAUGCGACCCAUCUACAGGAUGCCCGUUGGUCAAAGCAUGCGGGAGGCGUUAUACACGGGGGAGGAUUUGCAUCGAAGCUGCUGGAAGCGCUCACGGUACGCAGUGUACCGGCUGUAGUGUUCUUCAUGUACGUUUCGGAAGGUGACAACACGGCGGAAGGUUUAAUGCUAGCCCGCAUGCUGAAUGCGAUCACCGGCGAGCGGUUGCUGUCACCGGCAAAGACCGACUUCCGAUGGCCAAGCUCGUGGAAGCAUCUGUUCGGCAGUGCACAUCCGAAAGCGUUGUAUUGAGCUUAAAAAAAUUGUGGAUAAUGGUAAAAAAGGAACAGGAAUCGAUGCAUUUGGUUGAGGAUACAUAAAUGAAACUCUCUGCAAGAGAAUAAGUAAAAUCUACAA